AUGAAUUAACUGGCUUAGGGUAUUUAUUGUAUAAAUCUAGGUAUUUCAAAGCUUGAUAUCUUUGGUUAGACAAUUACUUUAAAAAUGAAUAAGGAUAACUAUUACAAGACCUUCUUUGGAGGUGUUGUUUCCAUCUUGCUUUUCUUAAUAAUCAUCAUGUUUUUUUCAUCGAGCAUUAAGUCAUUUUUCAAUAAAGAAACCCUUGUUGCCACCGUUCUAACUAAUUUUGAAGAAAUACCAUCACAAUCAAUUAUAGAUGAUGCAACAAUUUUGUUCGCUAUUUAAAUUGAUUAAGAGAACUUUUUGUCAAGACCAUUUUUUGACAUUGAAGUUCUUUAAGUAUCUGAAACAAGACAAACUAAUGGGAGUAAAAUAAGAGAAGAGCAAUAAAUUUAAUUAGUCCCUUGCACAGUUGAAAGAUUUACUAAAAUAUUCGACAAAUAUAAUUAGAACAUCAGCUAAACUUAUGCAGAGUUGAACCUAGAUAAUUUUCUGUGUUUCAAAAAUAAUGCCACUUUCAUUUUAGAAGGCACUCAUUCAAGCUUAUAAUUCUCUUAUCUCAAAAUAUCUAUUAAGAAAUGCAAUUCAACGUAAAUGUGUGCAAGUUAAGAUGAAAGGGACGCUGAAGUAAAAUUAAAUGGAUCUUUCAAAAUUAAAUUAUAUACAGUUAAUAAAAUUUUAAAUCCGUACAAUCCAAGUGAAAACUAUUUGCAGACUUAUAUAGACGAUUCCUUUUAUUUUAAUUUUCUACCUUCGAUAAUCAGCAAGUCAGCUAACUUAUUUCUGAAACAAUAUUAAGUCGAAAGUGAUCAAAGUUUAACUCCAUUUCAAUCCAUAACUUCGGAAAAGUUUUAUAUCCUUGAUCAAUCAGAAAUAAGAGAGAGAGUAGAAUUUUACAAAGAAGGUAAUUUAGAAGUUGCUUCCAUUUUCUUAAGAAAAAGUCCUUACAAAACUUAAAUCUACAGAAGUUAUCUAAAAAUUGACAAUCUUCUUUCUAAUUUGGGUGGAAUGCAGUAAAUUCUCUUCUUCUUUUUAGGUCUUCUUUUAGCAUUAUAUAACAGAUUUCAACUGCUCAUCGAAUUGGCCAAUAAACUAUAUGAAUUUAUGUUAGUAGAAAAGUAAGCUAAGAAAAUGCACGAAAAUAAUCUUAAUCUUGUCAAUCAGUUAAUUACUGAAAGAUAAUAUCUUGAUUCUAAAGCGUCUGAACAUGAUGCUAAAAUUUAAUUACUAAAUCCAAGUUAAAUUAAUUAAAAAGAAAAUAAUUCUAAAUUAAAAUUCGAAGAUUAAUAGCAAAUAAUAUAUAAGGCAAAACGUUAAGCCAAAUAUGCAAAAAAAUCUACUAAAUUUUAUGAUGAAGAAUCAAAGAAGGCCUAUCGCAGUCAUAUCAGUAAUGGAUUAGAGUACUUCUAAUCUUAGAUAAAUAUUUUAAUAAGAAGGGCAAAACCUAUAAAAUUGAGUUUCUAAUUGCUCAUGAAUUAUGUCUCUUGUUAGAUAUUGUUUCGAAAUAAAAGGAAGAUAAUUCUAAUGAAUAAAGCGAUGUAGUUAUAAUUGAUCUUAUGUAGGAAUCAAUUAUCAAGUCAAAUUGAUCUUUUUAAUAUUUUGACUAAAUUAAAUGAGAUAGAUAAAUUGAAGGAAGUGCUAUUAACAUCCGAUUAACAACUGUUAUUCGACUUUACACCAAAACCUAUCAUAUCUUUAGAUCAUAAGGAUAUCAAGAUAGAUAGAUUUCUAAUUGAGUAAAAUUCGAGAUGUGAUUUCGAUUUAGAAAUUAAAUAAAAAGAGAAAGCCAUCAAAGACGCUGAAACUCCCUAAAAAAGUCUGCAUCUUAAAGCUGAUUCUUAAUUAUAUGAACGCAUUUACAAAGCUUAUGAUAAAGUCUUAAAUGGUUUAACAGUUUCAAAUUAAUAUGAGCAAUACAUAAAUAAUUAGUUGAUCAAUUAACUAGGAGCAGAAGUAUAAACCAUUUUUAAACUUUCUAAACUUAUUGAUUUCUCUGUUUCAUUUUCUAGAACUUUUAGAAGAAAAGGGCAGAUAUUUCAAUAGGAAAGGCUUGACCCUGAGGCGUUAUAAAUCUGA